AGUAAGCGCUCAGCUCCCGGGGUCUGCUUAGUUGGGGGGUCUUGGGCAUCGAUUUCUUUUUUCAGAAGAGGAAUAUGGACAUCCUGCUCAACACUGAACAGCAGCGCAGCGCAACUAAAAUCCAGCUGCAUGAUAAAGAAUCAACAAUGACGCACGGCUUAACUUCUUCAGCACGUCGCUUUUUCUGACUGCUAAGCUUUAGGAAACGAAAAUGACGACUCGGAACGCCAGUUUGAAAGAUCGACCAUAUUUAUUUUAAGAUUUCAAUGAGGCCAGUUAAAAUAAAUAAAUCUACUGUUCAUCACUGAACUUUGCUCCGUCUCCUGUUGGAUAGAUUUUGCUGAACCUGAGCUUCAGAGUUGAAUGUAUAAGGAUGACAACUGAGAGCUCUUUGGAGUCCAUCAGCCCCAUGAGGACGGGUUCGGCGACAGAUGGGAUGCAUACUGGAUUAAUAAACACUCAGAGUGGUCCCGAAAGCCAAGGAAGUGUGGCGAAAGGAAAAAAGAAUAACUCUGGAUUGCGGCGUCCUGAAAAGCCACCCUACUCUUAUAUUGCGCUCAUUGUGAUGGCGAUCCAGAGCGCACCGACUAAGCGUCUCACUCUGAGCGAGAUUUACCAGUUCCUGCAGACGCGCUUCCCUUUUUUCCGAGGCUCCUACCAGGGAUGGAAAAACUCCGUCCGACACAAUUUGUCUUUAAACGAGUGUUUCAUUAAGUUACCCAAAGGCCUGGGGCGCCCUGGAAAAGGGCACUACUGGACCAUAGAUCCUGCAAGUGAGUUCAUGUUCGAGGAAGGCUCCUUCCGGCGGAGACCGAGGGGAUUUCGUAGAAAAUGUGAAGUCCUGAAGCCCAUGUACCGCAUGAUGAAUGGCCUUGGGUUCACUUCCGCCAUUUUACCCCAAAACUUUGACCUGCAGUCUUCAACGUGUCACGCUAACGGCUACAAUGUAGACGUGGUAUCAGGAUCUGUGUCGGGUGGCGGAUAUGACCCCCUGAAAAUUGGCCACUAUGGACACAUGAAGAACUGUCCACUACCGACAAAUGGAAACUAUGGGGCAAACGCUAGUAAUUCAGACACCUUUUGCCCUAUAGGCAGCUCAACUGAAGGCCAUUCGCAGUAUUCUGGUACAGCUCACCACUGGCCUUCCUCUCCUUACCUCAAGCGCCCUCUCAUUAGCCCUGGCAGUCCGGGGUCUGCAGCACAACAGCAAAAUACAUCAGCAUUAUCUUCAUCUUACCCGAUGGAGCAAGCCUAUCUGCAGCCGAGCAACAUGCACGGUGCAGACAUGACAGUGGGUGUAUCUUGCUAUCAGCCCCAUUCCACGCCUGUGGAUGAACGAAAAGACUUUGUGAUAAACUUCAGUGGAAUCUCAUCUCUCCAUCCAUCUGUUAGUGGAUACUAUUCCCAUCACUAUUAUCAGCAUCAGCAGCAGCAGCAGCAGCAGCAACAUGGUCACCCGAGUGUUCAGCAGGACAUCAAGCCGUGUGUAUUGUAAAGGAAUUAAUCAAACUCUGGUUUAAAAUACCUAAAUGGACUGAAUCUGAAGGCAUUUUUGUUCAACACACUCAAGUCAAUGAAUUCAGUUUUUAUUCUUCUUUGACUUUUCCACAGGGCUUGUAGCAAUGUCCAUAUUAUCUGCUCUUUUGUUUAUUUAUAAGUUGACACAAGUGUUUAGGGCAGGGUCAAUAUCUAAGCUGAGACCUCCUAACCAAUGAUUUAUUAUUUGAGAACAAACAGUGCAUGCAAAAAAGUGUUACAGCUGUCACUGUUAGCUGUUGUACUGAAGGCGGGGCUUUGAUAACAACAACAACAAUAACAACAACAACAAUAAUGAUAAUAAUAAUAAUAAUAAUAAUAAUAAUAAUAAUAAUAAUAAUAAUAAUAAAACAAGGAUGAUGCAAUCUCCUACAGCCGGCGAUAAAAGUAUAGAAAUUAAAGGCUAUUACAUAAGUAGAUUAGUUAUCUUUGACUUUACUACAUGCUAUAUUUACAAAUGUAACAGGCCAAGGCAAAAAAGCAUGGGCUAUUGUUUGAAUCUUGCUUGUGAUCCUUAGCUAUAUCUUUCUUUAGAAAUGUACAACUACAAGGGUGCAAAGGUUAAAAUCUGGAAUUUUAGUCAUAAAACUUCAUAUGUGAAGUUUUAAAGGCCUUUGGAGUAAAUCUAGGCGUAUAGAACGACAACAAAAAGAUGGUGUUUCUGCCAUCUAGGGGCGAAGUUUUGCUACUGCUGUGACAACUUUUUUCAUGUUCUGAACUAAAGAUUUUUGAUCAGUGAGAUUUCAGGUUAAGAAAUAAAUAAAUAAAUAAAUAAAUAAAUAAAUGUAAAGCUUCAGUAAAGAGGCAUAAAGGCAUGGGCAUAAUCAGCUAUGCAAAAUUUUUGAAUUAGUUAAUUAAUGAAUGAACUCGUGUGGAAGAAAUUAUCUUAGACGGGUUGUAUCUAGGGCCAGCAGAAGCAGUGAGCAUUUGCGUCGUGCCCACCAAAUCAAAGUAUGAUUUUAUUAUUUUAGCCAAAUGGAAGAAAAUAACUUAGAAGCCUACAGCCAAUGAACAAUGAUCAGUCUGUAACACAACCAUACCCAAAGCCGGAGCCCUGCAGCAUAGAUUCGUUUUUCACAACUCACGUCACACACUACAUUUAUUUUGACAUGCUUACACACUUUAGCUCCAUACUGCCUUUUUUAAAGUUUGCCUAGUAUUCUCAGUUUUUUAUUGUAACGAAUGUGCAUUUAACCGACAUUAAAAUUGUAUUGCACUUUA